AUGGAUGACGACCUCUUCGAUGUGUUCGACGACAAACCUCGGAUGGCCGUCGUAACGAAACCCCGGAAGGAAAAGAAGCACAAGAAAGAUAAAUCGAAGAAGAGGAAUCUCAAUGGGAAUGUCAAGCCAGCGGCCGAGGAGGCUGACGGCGAUGCGGAGAUGGUAGAGGCGGAAGCUGCGCCAGAACCGGAAGAAGAGGAAGAGGGGGAAGACAAUGAUCUGGUUGAGAAGAAAGAUACGAAGAGACGCAGAUUGGAGCAGGAAGCCGAACCAGUCGUCACCGAUGCUUUCGAAACCGCGCAAUCCAGAGAAGUCGCAGCAUCAGCAGGUCUGCAGGCAAAAGAUGACGGAGCUCUUGUUCUUCAGCACAACAUACAGCAUCAGGUCUCCUUACCGCCAGAUUAUGUCUAUGUACCGAUUUCGCAGCACAAGUCGCCAGAGAAACCCGCCCGCACCUGGCCCUUCGAAUUGGAUCCGUUCCAGAAAGUUUCCAUUGCCUCGAUUGAAAGGAACGAGAGUGUUCUGGUCUCUGCGCAUACUAGUGCUGGAAAGACGGUGGUUGCAGAGUAUGCCAUUGCUCAGUGUCUGAAGAACAACCAGAGGGUGAUUUACACUAGUCCAAUUAAGGCGCUCAGCAAUCAAAAGUAUCGAGAGUUCGCGGCGGAAUUUGGUGACGUGGGACUCAUGACCGGAGAUGUCACAAUCAAUCCUACUGCGACUUGUUUGGUCAUGACUACAGAGAUUCUGCGAAGCAUGUUGUAUAGAGGAUCUGAGAUCAUGCGCGAGGUUGCGUGGGUAGUCUUCGACGAGAUUCAUUACAUGCGAGACAAAUCACGAGGUGUUGUAUGGGAGGAGACAAUCAUCUUGUUGCCGGACAAGGUCAGAUAUGUUUUCCUCUCCGCAACUAUUCCAAAUGCCAUGCAAUUCGCAGAAUGGAUCACGAAAACUCAUCAACAACCUUGCCAUAUUGUAUACACCGAUUUCCGGCCAACACCAUUGCAGCACUACUUUUUCCCAGCCGGAGCUGACGGAAUACACCUUAUCGUUGAUGAGAAGGGCAACUUCCGUGAAGAUAACUUUCAGAAAGCCAUGGCCACCAUAGAGGAAAAGAAAGGAUCAGAUCCAUCCGACAUAAAUGCGAGGCAGAAAGGAAGGGGUAAGAACAAAAAGACAAAUACUGGUGGCAACAAAGACACUUCAGACAUUUACAAGAUUGUUCGAAUGAUCAUGUUGAAGCACUACAAUCCGGUCAUCGUAUUCAGCUUUAGCAAGCGAGAAUGUGAAGCAUAUGCUUUGCAGAUGAGCACUAUGGCGUUUAAUGACGACUCCGAAAAGGCGAUGGUCAGCAAGGUCUUUGAGAGCGCGAUCGAAUCAUUAUCGGAAGAAGACAAAACUCUACCACAGAUCCAACACAUUUUACCGUUACUUCGCAGAGGUAUAGGAGUCCAUCAUUCUGGCUUGCUCCCUAUUCUGAAGGAAACCAUUGAAAUUCUUUUCCAGGAGAAUUUAAUCAAGGUCUUGUUUGCCACGGAGACUUUCUCGAUUGGUCUGAAUAUGCCUGCGAAAACCGUUGUCUUUACAAGUGUUCAGAAGUUUGAUGGUACUUCGCAACGAUAUUUAACACCUUCAGAGUUUGUACAGAUGUCCGGACGUGCUGGAAGAAGAGGUCUUGAUGACAGAGGUAUUGUCAUCAUGAUGAUCAACGAUAAGAUGGACCCCCCAACAGCUAAAGAAAUUGUUCGAGGAGAGCAAGAUAAGUUGAACUCAGCAUUCUAUCUUGGCUACAACAUGAUUCUGAAUUUGAUGCGAGUUGAGGGUAUAUCACCGGAAUUCAUGCUGGAACAUUGCUUCUAUCAAUUUCAAAAUACUUCUGGUGUCUCGGGUCUGGAAAAAGAUCUUCAUGAUUUACAAAUAGAACGAGACUCGGUCGAAAUUCCUGAUGAAGCCAUCAUCAAGGAGUACUUCGACCUCCGGCAACAGCUUACGCAGUAUACAAAGGACAUGCGCGAUGUCAUCAAUCAUCCCAACUAUUGUUUACAAUUCAUGCAACCCGGUAGAAUUGUUCACAUUAAAUACCAAGAUCAGGAUUACGGGUGGGGCGCUGUUGUCAAGUUUACACCCAGAAGACCUGCCAAGGACGAAAGCAACCCACUCGCUCCACAGGAGUCUUAUAUACUCGAUGUUCUUUUGCGCAUUUCUGAUCAUUCUCAUGUUCCAACACAAACAACAACAGACAUCCCACCAGGUCUGCACCCACCAGCCGAAGGCGAGAAGGGCAAAAUGGAAGUUGUUCCCGUGCUACUUUCAUGCAUCGAAGCUAUUGGUCACGUCCGUAUAUUCAUGCCUAAGAGCCUCACGCAUACUGACGAGCGAAAUACCGUUCGAAAAUCGCUUGAGGAAGUCAGCCGCAGGUUUCCAGACGGAAUCAGCGUUUUGGACCCUAUUGAACACAUGGGCAUCACGGAUGAUUCCUUCAAAAAGCUGCUUCGUAAGAUUGAAGUUCUUGAAUCUCGUCUACUCGCAAACCCCCUCCAUAAUUCUCCUCGUCUCCCAGAACUGUACAACCAGUACGCAGGAAAGAUCGAUAUGGGUCUGAAAAUCAAAGAAAAGAAGAAGGCAAUUACUGCGGCGCUCAGCAUCAUGCAGUUGGACGAGCUCAAGUCUCGAAAAAGAGUGUUGCGUCGACUGGGAUUUAUCAAUGAUCAAGAAGUUGUUCAGCUCAAAGCUCGUGUGGCUUGUGAGAUCUCUACAGGCGACGGUCAUGAAUGCCUGCUUGCCGAGUUACUCUUCAAUCGCUUCUUCAAUGAGAUGUCGCCUGAAAUGUGUGCAGCAGUCCUUUCGUGCUUCAUUUUCGAGGAGAAGAGUCAAGCACCUGCACUCAAAGAAGAGCUUUCAAAAUAUUUUAGAGAGAUUCAGAGUCAAGCCAGAAUCAUGGCAAAGGUCAGCCAGGAAAGCAAGUUAAAGGUCAACGAGGAUGAGUAUGUAGAGAGCUUCAAGUGGCAGCUCAUGGAUGUUGUCUUGGCUUGGGCUCAGGGAAAAUCCUUUGCCGAGAUUUGUAAAAUGACAGAUGUUUACGAGGGAUCACUCAUCCGCCUGUUCCGACGUUUGGAGGAGUUGUUGCGACAAAUGGCUCAAGCCGGGAAAGUGAUGGGCUCUGACGAGCUGUCAGCCAAGUUCGAAGAGUCGUUGUCCAAGAUUAGACGAGAUAUUGUGGCUGCUCAAAGUUUGUACCUGUAA